UUUUAAGUUGUGAGCGCAACGCGCUUUAUUUAAUCGCUUGAAAUCACUUCAAGACCUCCUAUUUAUUAUUUUAAUUUUAGUUGUGAAUUUUAACGGAAAACUUUUUCCCUAUUUUAGAGAGGAAAAAAAAAGAUUGAAAAUAAACGUUUAAAAAAUCGACACCGAAAAUGUCAGCGAAAGCAAUACGUGAAGUAACCGCAAAGGAUUUAUUAAAUCGUCAUUUAGCAAGCAAAGGUGCUCCAAGCAACGUAGCCAAAGCACGAUUUGUUGCCGUUGACGAGAGCACAAAUUUGAAUGAACUCGCACGCGAUCACGAUUGGCUAACAAAAACAAAAUUAGUGGUGAAACCUGAUCAAUUAAUUAAGCGUCGUGGUAAAUUAGGUUUAAUUGCUGUAAAUAAGGAUUUAGCGGAAGUCACAAAAUGGAUUGGUGAGCGUAUGGGUAAAGAUCAAAAAGUUGGUAAUGCUGUGGGUAAAUUACGUAAUUUUAUAAUUGAACCGUUCAUUCCACACAAGCCAAACGAGGAAGCGUACGUUUGUAUCUACAGCGAGCGCGAUAAGGAUGUUAUCUUGUUUACCCAUGAAGGUGGUGUUGAUAUUGGAGAUGUAGACGCCAAAGCAUUACGUUUAGAUGUACCUGUCAACAAAGAGGAUUCCGUAACACCUGAAGCCGUCACAAAAGCUUUAUUAAAAGGAAUUUCCGCAAGUAAACAACCAGUUGUAGCGAAAUUUGUCACUGCGUUAUACAAACUUUACGUAGACUUAUAUUUCACCUACUUGGAAAUCAAUCCACUAGUUUGUACCGAUACUGAAAUUUACGUAUUAGAUUUAGCGGCUAAGUUAGAUGCAACCGCUGAUUAUUUGUGUCGUCCACAAUGGGGUGAAAUUGAUUAUCCACCACCAUUCGGUCGAGAUGCCUUACCAGAAGAAGCCUAUAUUGCUGAUUUAGAUUCAAAGAGUGGUGCUUCACUAAAAUUAACGAUUUUAAAUAAAAAUGGACGGAUUUGGACCAUGGUCGCUGGUGGUGGUGCCUCUGUUAUUUACAGUGAUACCAUUUGUGAUUUGGGUGGUACUUCGGAGCUUGCUAACUAUGGUGAAUAUAGUGGAGCACCAUCCGAACAACAAACCUAUGAAUAUGCAAAAACUGUUUUACAAUUAAUGACCAGUUCCGCUAAACAUCCAAAAGGCAAGGUUUUGAUUACUGGUGGAGGUAUUGCGAACUUUACAAAUGUUGCUGCUACAUUCCGUGGUAUUAUUCGGGCAUUACAAGAAUUCCGUGAACGAUUAAUUGAGCAUAAUGUUAGUGUGUUUGUUCGACGUGCUGGACCUAAUUAUCAAGAAGGUUUACGUCGUAUGCGUGAAGUUGGAGGUCUUCUUGGAAUCCCAGUACAUGUUUUUGGACCAGAAACCCAUAUGACUGCAAUUUGUGGUAUGGCUUUGGGCACACGACCAAUUACAGCACCCUCAAUGGAUGGCAAUGCAACAAAUACACCCGCAACAACUGCAACAUUUUUAUUACCAGCUGGACAAACUGGCCCAGUUCCCAAUCCAUCUGAAACACCUGUAAAAGCUACUAAAGCAGCUAGUCCCAAAAAAGCUGAAACAUCUCUUCCAAUGUUUUCAAACACAACCAAAGCAAUUGUUUGGGGUAUGCAAACGCGUGCUGUACAAUCAAUGCUCGAUUUCGAUUUCGUCUGUCGACGAAACGAACCGAGUGUUGUGGCCAUGGUGUAUCCAUUCACUGGCGACCAUAAACAGAAAUACUAUUGGGGUCACAAAGAAAUUUUAAUUCCUGUUUACAAGAAAAUGGGAGAUGCUAUGACCAAACACAGUGAUGCUGACGUGCUCGUAAACUUCGCUUCAUUACGUAGUGCAUACGAAAGUACAAUAGAAACAUUGGAAUAUCCACAAAUUCGUACAAUUGCAAUUAUUGCCGAAGGAAUACCAGAAAAUUUAACACGUAAAUUAAUCGUUCAAGCAAAUGCAAAGAAAGUGAACAUUAUCGGUCCAGCCACAGUUGGUGGUAUCAAACCAGGUUGCUUUAAAAUUGGUAACACUGCUGGUAUGAUGGAUAAUGUGCUUCAUUCUCGAUUAUAUCGGGCCGGUUCGGUUGCAUACGUCAGCCGUUCAGGUGGAAUGAGUAACGAAUUAAAUAACAUCGUCUCACAACAUACCGACGGUGUUUACGAGGGUGUCGCUAUUGGUGGAGAUCGUUAUCCUGGAACCGGAUUCAUGGAUCAUUUAUUACGAUACGAACGUGAUCCAGAAAUUAAAUUAUUAGUUCUAUUGGGUGAAGUUGGAGGUCGGGAAGAAUAUGCUGUUUGUGAAGCACUUAAGAAUGGAACAAUCUCAAAACCAUUAAUCGCUUGGUGUAUUGGAACAUGCGCUACGAUGUUCACAAGUGAAGUACAAUUUGGACAUGCUGGAUCAUGCGCACACAGUCAAUCAGAAACUGCCACAGCGAAAAAUGCAUCAUUAAAAGCGGCCGGAGCACAUGUACCAGAUUCAUUUGAUAAUUUAGGUGAAUUAAUUGGAGAAGUGUAUCGUGGAUUGGUUAAAGCUGGCAAAUUGACACCAAAACCAGAUGUUCCACCACCAACAGUUCCAAUGGAUUACAGUUGGGCAAGAGAAUUAGGUUUAAUUCGUAAACCAGCAUCGUUCAUGACGUCAAUUUGUGACGAACGUGGACAAGAAUUAAUAUACGCAGGUAUGCCAAUCAGUGACGUUCUUCAAAAGAAUGUCGGUAUUGGUGGAGUUGUUUCCUUGUUAUGGUUCCAACGGUGUUUACCACCAUACGUUUGCAAAUUCUUCGAAAUGUGUUUAAUGGUGACAGCAGAUCAUGGUCCAGCUGUUUCCGGUGCACACAACACAAUUGUCUGCGCCCGUGCUGGCAAAGAUUUAGUAUCAUCCUUAGUAUCCGGUUUAUUAACAAUCGGUGAUCGUUUUGGUGGUGCUUUAGACGGUGCUGCUAAACAAUUCAGCGAAGCUUACGAUUCCGGUAUGCAUCCAAGUGAUUUCGUAAACGCUAUGCGUAAAAAGGGACAGUUAAUUAUGGGUAUUGGACAUCGUGUUAAAUCGAUCAAUAAUCCCGAUAUGCGUGUAAAAAUUAUUAAGGAAUUCGUUAUGGAUAAUUUCCCAGCGAAACCAUUAUUACAAUAUGCGUUAGAAGUGGAAAAAAUUACAACCAGCAAAAAACCAAAUUUGAUAUUAAAUGUUGAUGGUGUUAUUGCAACCGCAUUUGUUGAUAUGUUACGUAAUAGUGGAUCAUUCACGCAAGAAGAAGCACAAGAAUAUAUCAAUAUUGGUGCGAUCAAUUCAUUGUUUGUGUUAGGACGAUCGAUUGGUUUUAUUGGACAUUAUAUGGAUCAAAAGAGACUGCGUCAAGGACUCUACAGGCAUCCAUGGGAUGAUAUUUCUUACGUACUUCCAGAACAAUAUCAACAAUAAGUUUCACAAAAAAAAACAUAUUUGGGUCUUUUACUGCGAAAAAACAUUCCGUGGAAUUCAUAAUAUAUUUUUGUUUUUUGGGAGUACAGGAGGGAUCAUUUGAUCGAAUUUAUAGGAUAUUAAUUUUUUCAUACUUUCCAUUUUUUAUUUUUUGGUUCAUAUUUAUCUUUGAAGAGAUGGAGGGGGAUUGAUUAAUGCAUGGAGUUUUCCUGUUUAGAUUGUAUAUGGUGCAAUAUCAUUUCGUAGGGGAAAAUUCUGUCAAUUCCGAUGUAGAAAUUUUUGUUUUUCUUCCUUUUUGUUGUAUUUGAUUUUCAUUUUUUUUUAUUUUAUGUUUUAAAAUGGCCGACGUGUUUUAUAAGAAUGAAUCUUUUAUUAAGACUUAAAUAUUUGUGUAUGUUUACAAAAAUUUAAAAAUAAAAAUGUUAUUUAUAUAAGAAAA